UGCAGCAUCAGCCCAUAGAAGAAGGUGAGGGUAUGCAAAACAAAAAUGGCGGGAGAGAAAAAAAUGUGUGUUUAUUAUAGACCAUAUACAGUACAUUAGUGGUUGUUUCAGUUAUAGUUGUCACGGUGUGUGUAUUAGAACGUCGCCGUCAACCCGGUUAAUGCUUACGUCAACAUAUUUGUUAGUGUGCCUUCACUUUAGCUUUUUGUUUUCACUGGUUUUGACAGUGUCUGUUAGCGAGCAGAUAACUCACCGUUAAAUCACGUCGUUUCUGGGUCCACCUGAGGAGGAUGUCGGUCAACGGCAAAGUUAUCCCGCACACACCGCUGGCUGUAGACUUCUGGCAGGUUCGGAAGUGUCCGCACACUCGGCUCUUCUUCCUGUCCCACAUGCACAGCGACCAUAUUGUGUGUUUGACUUCCACCUGGAGCAACUGGCCCAUCUACUGUUCACCGACCACAGCCACACUGCUCAAACUUAAGACGCAGAUAAAAGAACAGUGGAUCCAUCCAUUAGAGCUGGACACUCCACACCUUCUGCCACUUGACGAGAUUGGAAAGGAGAAGCUGACGGUUACACUGAUGGAUGCCAAACACUGCCCUGGGGCUGUCAUGUUCUUCUUCCAAGGAUAUUUUGGUUCUAUACUAUACACCGCUGACUUUAGAUACUGUCCCACGAUGCUGCGUAAUCCCUGUCUGACCAGCACCACUAUAGAUGUCCUUUAUUUGGACAACACCAACUGUGACCCCAAUCGCUCCCUCCCCUCCAGAAAGCAGGCGACCCAGCAAAUUAAAGAGAUCAUCCGCAGUCAUCCUCAACACGAAAUUGUCAUAGGUUUGUAUACAUUAGGAAAAGAAUCCCUGUUAGUGGAGUUGGCAAAGGAAUUUAAAACAUGGAUUGAAGUGACAAUUGAAAGGAUGGAGACCUUGAAAGUUCUGGACCUGCCUGAUGUUUUUACCACUGAUCCCGGAGCUGGUCGUAUCCGAGUCGUGGAUCAGUCGAAGAUCGGUUGUUUCUCUUUGAACCAGUGGAAUACAGAACACCCCACUUUAGCAAUCAUUCCCACGAGCAGAAAUAUUGUCCUUUCACACCCCGACCUCUACGUGGUGCCAUACUCUGACCACUCCUCUUACCAGGAGCUCGAGGAGUUUGUCUUUGCCCUUGAACCGACCUCCCUCUUACCUAUUGUCGGAGAGUAUUUGCCAGCUUCUCUCUCAGCCUUACUGCCCAACAAAAAACGCCAUGAAAUCCUGGUGCCCGAGUCAGUCCAACACUACAUGCGGCAAAAGUUUGAUUCCCCGCUCAGCACAUUAACACUCAACAACCUUCGACGCAGACCCUUCCAACCCCCGGUUCCCAAAGGUGUGGUGUUUGAUUCUCCUGCAAAAGGAUCUAAAAGGUCAUAUGACGACAUCUUUGUCGAUGAACCACAUUGUUUGAAACAUGAUGCUUCCGGAGGAGAGAUGGAGCGAGAAAAUGGGGAAAACAACUCAGACUGUGUCCCUACUGACAGUUACGGGAAACUCACCACUAAUGAAGGCAGACAGGAGGCCGGAGGCAUUUACAGCCACAACAAUGUCCAGACGAUCUCUGAAAAUAUGCUGAUGACAGAGUCAGUGUCACUCACUGAACUCACCCAGAGCCACACAGCUGCAGAUCAGAAUCUGGAAAACAGCAAUGACUUAGAAAUGAAUGGUAAUUCAGCAGGAGAACACAUUCAACUUAACCACAGAUCAUCACAUGGAGAAUAUCCCAUUCAUUACAGAGAAAAUGAUUAUGAAGAAAAUAGCAGCACGCUGUCAGAUGAUGAAAUCAUGACUCAGUACAAAACCUAUGGAAUCAUUCAGAAUGAUGGCAUAUCCAAAUCAAGUGACUUUAACCUGAGUCAACACUCUGGAUGUGGAAAUAACUCUAACAACUGCACAGUGUCUUCACAGAGGAGCCCACGACACGACUGCUGCACAUUGUGCAAAACUAUAAACACAAUGACAGAGGAAACUCUUUUGGAACUUGAAAACAGUCUUCUAAAUAAUCUGCCGUUCCAGGAGGAGGACUUUCAGAUAUGCUCCCUCCAGCCAGGGAGGUUUUCUCCGGACACUUCCACCUUCUUAAAUAUGUGACAAAAUAAACUUUACAAAACCUUUACAAAAAGUGAGAGUUGCAGCCAAGUUUUUGCCUCAUACUUUACAAACUUUACACAUAGACAUAUUCUUGAUAUCCUUCUUCCCUGUGUGUUUUGUUGUGAUUCUCCUUACUGUUUUAAUGGCCUGAAGUAUUGGAAAAUGAUGGACUUCCAUCUGUCCCUGCAUCUGUAAUUAAUGAGAACUUUUUAAGUUCUGCCUUGUGCCAUGUUGUUUUUGCUGCAGGACAAUGACUAUUCCAGCUCACUGCCUCGUCCCUGCCUUAUACCAGCUGUCAUAAUGGAAAUCAAUGUGUGUGAAUCAUGGGACUGAGAGCAUUUUUCCUGCUGCUGCAAAAACACAUUUUUUAUAGUAUUAUAACUAUUUACUUUUGAUUUCAACAUAAGGGUGGAGUCUGUAGGUAUUAGUAAAAUCUGCUGAUGUUCAAGUUGAGGUUACGGUGGGAAUAUAUUGUUUUAUAUGUAUAUAUAUUUAUAUAUAAGUCUUCAAUUAAGAAUGAGGGGAUUUAUUAUUUGUAUAAUACAAUAAAUACUACACCUUGCACUUUUGGUUAUAACUAAUAAACAGUUUCUAUGCACUGGUGAUGUGCUUGACUAAAUUAAAAGGUUAUUUAAGGGAAUAUGAGGAGAAAUAAUGAUAAUUAAUAAUGAUUUAUAUAGCAAUUAACAGUAUACUGAUACUGAAAAAAAUCAAAUUCCCAAAACUACUAACUCAGCACUUUUAAAGGUAUCAUCAAAGGAAAGGCUUGUGGGCUCAAACGCCUGUGUAAUGAAUAUAAAUGUCCUUCAUCUGUAUACAUACCAUCGCUUGAUUUUGUUUCCCACUGUUUUCCCCUGUGGCAACUGUUGUAUUUUGGUGCAUGUUUUGAUCAUAGGUGACAUUGACCAGCAGGGGGAAGCACCACAGUGCAGCAUUUUUAUCUACAGCUCAAAGGUUCUGGGAUAAAAUCUGUCUGCCCACUGUGAAGGUUUGACAGUGUUCCUCAUACUCCUGCCCAGGGUUCCUCUGUGUGGUGUGGCCUUCUCUCACAGUUCACUCAGGUUGUUUGGACAUUGACCUGCCUGUGGAGAAUAUGAAGUUAUUUUGAUACCAUACAGUUCAGUAUCUCAGCCCAGUUAAUUAUAACUCUGUAUUUGUAUAAAGCUUUAAUUGAUUGUUGUUGUUCUUUUCAUUUUGCAUUGUAACGCCUUGCGUUCUUACUGCUGGUGCAAUGCUCUUUCUUCCACAAGAUGGCAGUAGCACGCUAAAAAAAUCCCAAAAAAUAUUUUUAGCUUGAGUUGCUGAAGUUGAAAAAAGUGUAAAUUGCAACAAAGAAAGAAAAACAUAAACAUUUUGCAGCUUUUGAUGAGUUCCAUCAAACUCAGAUACUGUGGUAGAAUAUCACCAACAGAAUACUCAUUUACUAUAAUACAACAGUUCUUCAACAUUAUCUCCACAGCACAGCUUCACAGUGUUGUAAUUGCCUCCCACAGUCAAUUCCACUGUUAAAUGAGUCUUAGCGGCACCAGAUCCUACCUCGGUGGGACUGCGGUCUGAGGGAAAGUGCUUUAAAAAAAAAAAAAAAAGAUAAAAAAUUGUGCCUGUGUGAAGUGUAGUGAUGUGCUGCCAUCAGUGGGUCGUCAGAUUGACGCCGGCUGACAACAGGAGUCUCAUGAAGAAUGAGUGACCAGCUCCUCAGUGUGGGAUUAACAACCAUAUAGAGGCUGUGUGGAGCAGGUUCACUGGAGCCAACACUGAACUGUAUUACCAAAGUAUGAACAUGUAACUAAGAGUGUACAACAACGAUGAAAAACAUGAACAUUAAAAAACUAA